CCCAACCCCAACUCUCCCCCCACCCCGGCGGCCCCACCAUCUCCCACCGUUCAGAAUUUCUCUACGUCGUGUCAGCACCCAGCGCACCGUCGGGAGCACGAAUUUUCUGACCCUUCAGAAAAAGAAAAACCAUUUUUCCCAACCCCACAAUUAAUCAAUCAUGGAUGAGAAUCCGCCGCCCGCCGCCGCCGCCGAUCCAUCGGCUUCUUCACUUUUCGAUUGGUCUGAAUUCCUCAACUUCAACAUCGACGAUAGCCUCGGCAUCUCUUUCCCCCCGCCGGAGCAAGACCAGUCCGGCGUUGACCAAAGUCAACGGCAGGGCAGUCCGGGUCGGGUGAGGAAGAGGGAUCCGAGAUUGGUCUGUUCGAAUUUCCUCGCGGGUCGGAUCCCCUGCGCCUGCCCGGAACUGGACGAGAAGCUGGAUGAAGAGGAGGACGCGGAGCCCGGGCUGCCCGGCAAGAAGCGGAACCGGACGGGUCGGGCCCCGGCCGGAAAUCCGAUUCGUUGCCAGGUGCCGGGUUGCGAGGCGGAUAUUAGUGAGCUCAAAGGCUAUCACAGGCGGCAUCGGGUGUGCUUGCGGUGCGCCACUGCCGGCUCCGUCGCUCUCGGCGGCGAGAGCAAGAGAUACUGCCAGCAGUGCGGGAAGUUUCAUGUCUUGUCUGAUUUUGACGAGGGCAGACGUAGUUGUAGGCGGAAACUAGAAAGGCACAAUAAGAGGCGGCGACGAAAACCUGAUGAAUCCCAAAAAGACUUGGGGAAGGGAGCACAACAGGUUGUGCUGGUUGAUGACAUAAGUGGAGAUGACACAGCUGAAAAAGAUGGAGCAUCGUUGAGCAGUCAAGUAGAAGAAAGAGAGACAUUGUUGGAUUCAGAUGGACACAUCUCCACACUAUGUUCCAUGCCCGGUUCUCAAAAUGUCCAAACUGAUAGUAUUGUGUCUUUUUCAGCAGCCAUUGCUGAAACUCAUACAGAUGGCGACAACCAGAAUCCAGAAUCGAAAUCCUCUCCUCUCUACCUUGACAACAAGAGUACUUUUUCCUCUGUGUGCCCUACUGGUCGGAUCUCCUUCAAACUUUAUGACUGGAAUCCUGCAGAGUUUCCUCGACGACUGCGACAUCAAAUAUUUGAAUGGUUGGCUAGUAUGCCUGUUGAAUUGGAGGGCUACAUCCGUCCCGGUUGUACAAUUUUGACAGCUUUUAUUGCCAUGCCAAAGCCGGUGUGGCGUAAGCUGUUGGAAGAGCCAACUCUGUACAUAAAAGACUUGGUUUCUGCCCCGGGGAGCAUGUUGUCUGGAAGAGGCACAAUGUCUGUUUAUCUUAAUGAGAUGAUAUUCCGUGUCACGAAAGAUGCUAAUUCAGUUGUGAGAACAAGAACGAGGAGUGCAGCUCCAAAGCUUCACUACAUAUAUCCAACUUUCUUCGAGGCUGGAAAGCCAAUGGAAUUUGUGGCUUGUGGGAAUCAUCUACUGCAACCAAACUUUCGGUUUCUUAUUUCAUUUUCCGGGCGAUACCUUGUGUAUAAUAUUCGCGUCUCCUCUAUAUGCUGUGAAAAAGGAGGCGCUGACUCGAUAGAUCAUCAAUUGUUGAAGAUUUUUGUACCUGGGAUUGAUAUAGAUGUCAGGGGCCCUGCUUUUAUUGAGGUUGAGAACCAAUCUGGUUUAUCCAACUUUAUCCCAAUUCUCGUUGGUGACAAAGAAACUUGUAUGGAAAUGGAGGUUUUGCAACGAAGGUUUGAGAAACACGUAUCCCCCCAAGAACACACACCAUCUCCUCUACAGCCCAAGUGUGAGGUUUUUGCUUUCAGGCAGUCACAAUUUUCGGAGUUUAUUUUAGAUGUUGCAUGGUUGCUGAGGAAACCCACAUCCAAACAACACUUGACGAGUAUUCAUAUUCAGAGAUUCAACAAUCUGUUGAAUUUCUUGAUAGAAAAUGAAUCCCGUGUGAUCUUGGAGAGAGUGACGAGCUGUUUGAAUUAUUAUAUGGACAACAGUUCGAUCGCUGACAUAUCUGAUUCUGAGAUGGGAUUAUUCCGAAGAAGUAUGGAUAUUGCUCAGCAGAGGCUUGCUCAGAAAUUAUUAGAUGAAGAUGUUUCCAUCAUGCCAACCGACGAUAGAAAUUUUUGCCGGAAAAGCUCCUGCUCCCCUGACACAAUGCAAUCUGUUGUUCCAGCCACUAAACAGAAAAUGACACCAAAGCCGAGCUCACCUUUGCCACCUCUGGACGAAAGCAUAAGAACUCCUCUUUUAAAAGGAGAUGUGAUCAUGAACGUAGAACUUCACAACAAGCCGGGAAAGAUUUGCGGGCCAUUGUUAACUAGAUCGAUUCUCACCUCACGGUCCAUCAUCAUCAUGGGAAUUGCCGCCAUUGGUGUUUGUUUUGGAAUAUGUGCGAUCGUCAUCCACCCCCAACGGGUAGGUCAGAUCGCCACAAGUAUACAUAGGUGCUUGUUCUACAAAGCUUAGCCAUUUCCCAAUCGGUGAGUGUCUUUCAUGUGUACAUACAAAUCUUUUCUUCGGAAAAAGGCUUGUAGAAAAUUCUAUGCUCGAGUAAUUAGUUUUGAGUGUCCGUGGAACGGGCGGGUGAUCGACAGGGUCGAGCUUUUUUGUUCCCUUUUCUUGGAUGUGUACCUUUUGUAGGCUUUUGAUUUGUUGCUUAUGUGAAACUAAUCUGGUAUUUCAACAAAGAAUCAGUGCAAAUUUAUAUGCUUCUUUUUGGGCA